CCUGAAAAAGAAGGCGGCGACGAGGAUCAGGAAGUGAGCUCAGAUGAGGACGAAGAGGUGGAUGAUGAAAUGACCAGUGAUAGCAGUGACAUGACCACUUUAGAUUCUGAGGAUUGGAAAUCUGAAGACUUAGAGAAAGAAAAGAAGAGAAAAGCGAUUGCGAUGUUGAAAGAGCCGAAAGAUUUCAAACCGGAAGAUUAUCGGGUGGUACUAAAGUGUGAUAAGCAAAUGGCGAAAGGUCAGCUGAAGGGUGGUACGGUGGUUAAUUUUGAUGAGUUACCAUUCUCGAAGCAUGCAGACUCGGUUCAGAACGCGAUUGAUGCUUGGCAAUGGAUCAUUGCACCGAUGAAAGUGGAUGAAUUUUUCGAGUUAGUUGUUUGUAAUUUGGUGAAUUUGGACUUUGUUUCAUAUGGGUUAGGAGUAUCAGUAUCUUGCACUGAAGGGCGUCUAUGUAUCUCCUUGAUAUUGAGAAUGAAUUUACUGAGUGAGAAUAAAUGUCACCGUUGUGUUCCUAUAUCAUUAGUUAUAUCUAACAUCUUCGAAAAUAAAACAUUGGUGGUGCACAGAAAGAAUCCACAAUAUUAUGGCAAUCUGUACAGUACGAAAAAGUUCGUGAAGAUUUUACAAGAGCAUUAUUUGGAAUAUGGCACCCAUGUGAAUGCGGCUGUGUAUAUCGAUGGUGAACGAUACACGCCAAAUGGAAUUGGCAAGGUGUAUCCAAAUGAGAUACGUGCCCAUCUCAAUGUAGCUAUCCGAGUGGUACAUAGAUAUAUAUAUUUAACACCAGCCGGAACAGCCGGUUUUGCACCGCAUUGGGAUGAAAUUGAUGCAUUCUUAAUGCAAGUGGAGGGGCGCAAACAUUGGAAAGUUUUUGCACCGGUAGGAGAAGGCGAUGCUCUACCGCGGGACUCGAGCGGAAACUUCUCGGAUUCGGACCUGGCUGGUCGUACACCGGUAUUUGACGGAUGGAUUGAGCAAGGCGAUCUCAUCUACAUUCCGAGAGGUUUCAUUCAUCAGGGCUAUACGGAUGCAUCCACACACUCUUUGCAUUUGACGGUGAGCGUGUGUCGUCGUGACGCAUUUGUGGAUCUGCUCGAGAAGUUUUUGCCCGUGGCGAUUAGUUCGUUGGCGGAUGAAACUCUCUCAAUGCGCAGAUCCAUGCCGACUAGAUAUAUGGAUAUGUGCGGCGUAUUACCGCUGAAAUAUGCACUCGAAAAGAAAGCGAAACCGAAGAUUUUGAGUGUAUUGGAGAAACAGUUGGAUGCUCUCAAACAAGGUGUUUCGGAUGCGUAUGAGUCAGCAAUUGACAUGAUGGCACGUGAAUAUUUGAAGACCGCAAUUCCACCGCUUCUCACCAAAGAAGAACGCGAAUUGAGCGUGACGGGUGGAGAGGGUUUUGAUAUACUCAACAAAAAAGAGACGAAAUUCACGACGAAAACAAAAGUGAAAUUCAUCAGAAGACAUGCGCAAAGGCUCAUUUUCGAGAGCGAGGAUCGUUGCUAUGUGGUGCAUCGAAUGACGAAUUCACGCAUCUAUGAGGGUCGUCCUGAGGUGACAUUCGGUUUGGACGCUGAUCUUUCGGAUGGCUUUGCGAGUCUUCUUGAGACAUAUCCGGAUUGGUGUAGUGUUGGCAGCAUCGAGUGUGAAACAGACGAGCAACGUAUCCAGCUGGCGAAAGUUUUGUAUGGAAAUGGNAUCAUGCUUCUAGUUCUGAAGGUGAUACUGAGUGCCAAUGCUGUUGUUUUGUGGAAGUGCAGAAAUCUAUUGGUUCUGUUCGGUGAAGGGUUGAAAUGA